AUGGGUGAUGAUAGGUGUCAAACAAGAUGCGGAUAUAAGGAGAUUAACUUCCCAUUUCAGCUCAAAAAUCGACCCAAUGAAUACCGCUGUGGGUACCCAGGUUUUGAUGUCUCAUGCAAUAACCAGACCGACACCAUCAUCGCAUUUCCCUCUUCCGGUAAUUUCACCGCUCAAAUAAUCCGCAAUGUUGAACAAAUCAUCGAAAUAGGCGAUCCAAAUGGUUGCCUUGCGAAACGUCUCCUGGAAGGAUUCGAUCUCUCUGGUACCCCAUUCCAGACAGUUUACCUACAAAACUUCACGCUUCUCAACUGCUCGAAUGAUGUACCAUUUUGGUAUCCAGAAUUUGUAACAUAUAUUUCUUGUCUUAGUAGUGAAAAUAAUUACACUGUGGCAAUAUCCGUGGAUCGAACUGAUUUGUUCGUGCCAUUUUCGUCGUGUCUGGAAAUAGCGACGGUUUCGGUGUCGUCGCUGCUAAAAUGGGAAUUUCUUACUGAUACGAUGUGGUUAACGUGGAAUGAACCGGAUUGUUUUUCAAACCUUGCCAAAUAUUUUGCAAUUAUUUUGGCGGUUAGUGUCUUCUUCAUUGUGGGGCUUGUAAUUUGCAUCUCAAGGAUGAAGUGCUGCCUUCAUAAACGGCGAAACACCAACACUGAAACAUUCACCUAUGGCUCAACCAUCAUUCAAUCAGACGCUGUGAAAAAGGAUUUGGACCAACGAGUGAUCGAAAUGUAUCCGACGAUGGUGGUCGGUGGAAGCCGGGAAUUACCGGAUCCUAAUGACGCCAUAUGUUCGAUCUGUCUGGUUGAAUACCAAGCCAAAGACACUUUAAAGACUAUACCAAGUUGCAUGCAUUAUUUUCAUGCUAUUUGUGUAGAUGAGUGGCUUAAACGUAAUGCAACCUGUCCUUUACGUCGUGAGUAUUACAUUAUCCAUUGA